AUGGCAUUGACUUCUAUCACCCUCUUCCUCAUCCUCCUAAUUCCCUGCAACUUACCAUCAUCAAGUGCACAGAAAUGGAUCAAGGGUGGUUACUGGUAUUACGGCAGCGGAUUCCCCGUUUCCGACAUAAACUCAGCUCUCUUCACUCACCUCAUGUGUGCCUACGUGGACCUCAACUCUUCCACAUACCAGCUUUCCAUCCCGUCGAAAAACCAUAAGCAGUUUUCCAAAUUUACCAACACUGUCAAACGAAAGAACCCACAAAUCAUGACACUUUUAUCCAUUGACGGAGGAUUAGCUAAUUCUUCAGAUUUCACCUCAAUGAUCAGCCAAUCUUCUUAUAGGAAACCUUUCAUUGACUCCUCAAUAAGAACAGCCAGAUUCCACGGCUUUCAUGGCCUCGACUUUCGUUGGGCUAAUAUAAGUUCAGCGUCUGAAUCUGCCAACCUGGCCACCCUCUUCCAAGAAUGGCGAGCCGCCAUUAAAGCCGAGCCAAGAAAUUCAAACACCUCAAAGCUUAUUCUAGCAACGACAGUUCCGUUCUCUCCAUAUAUCAAUAAUUCAACCUUUCCGAUCGAGUCUAUGAGGAACAACUUGGACUGGAUCCAUGCCAGGGUAAAUGAGUAUCUUUCGCCGAAAUGGUGGAAUGUCACGGGGGCGUCUGCAGCUGUAUACGAUCCGGCGAUGAAUAAUAUAAGCACAAAUUUUGGCGUUAAUGAAUGGAUUAAUGGCGGAUUUCCGACUAGGAAGCUUGUUUUGGGGUUGCCUUUCUAUGGCUAUGAGUGGACGCUUGUGAACCCUAACAACAAUGAAAUCGGCGCACUGGCUAAGGGGCCGGUGAAGAUUAAUCAUGCCGACAACGAUGGAAAGUGUUGGUUUUUUAUCUGGGUUUUCACCAAGUUGAACUCUCAAACCCAGUCAAACACACAGACCUGGUUUGCUAACUCCAACAGAAAGAUGGCCUAUAAGGACAUCAAGGACUUUAUUCAGCGCAAUGGAGCCGUUACAAAGUAUGAUGCAACUUAUGUGGUGAACUACUGCAGCGUUGGAUCAUCUUGGAUUGGCUUUGAUGAUGUUGAGGUAGUAAAGAUUAAGGUUUCAUACGCCAGAGAAAAGAAUUUGCUGGGUUAUUAUGCCUGGCUUGUCGCCAAUGAUGAUCAUAACUGGGUGCUUUCUCAAGCAGCAGCCGGAGAACACGGGGAAGAUCAUGGAAACACGAGGCGCAGGUUGCUAAUAAUAUUGGUUCCAGUAAUAGCCAUAGCCAUUCUUGUAUUAGUUCCUGCAACAUGGUAUCUUCGAAAGAGAGCUUCAGAAUCAAUGUACAAAAGAAAAGAAUCGCAAUCCAAACUUGGAACUAGGAUGCUAUCUGAGGGAAAUACCAAUGAUCCAAGCAUGCUCGUGUUUCAUUUCAAUGAUAUUGUGGAGGCCACUGAUAAUUUUUCAUUUGAAAAUAAGCUGGGAGAGGGUGGAUAUGGACCUGUUUACAAGGCAACGCUAAAGAAUGGACAAGAAAUUGCCGUAAAAAGACUUUCUAAGACUUCUAAACAAGGAUAUGAAGAGUUUAAGAAUGAGGUUAUGCUCACUGCGAGGCUGCAACACGUAAAUCUUGUUAGGGUUCUUGGGUUUUGUGUUGAAAGAGAUGAACAAAUGCUAAUCUAUGAGUACAUGACAAACAAAAGCUCGGACUACGUACUACAUCUAUGGUAA